CCAAUUCACCAAACUAUCAUCCUGCUAAAUGUUUAAUUGUGGAUCUCGAUGAUGUAAGCUGAAUCUUUCGCAUUAAUUUUGUAUCAGUAAUAAAUACUAAUGACACAUUUGGUUUACUGAUUUUAUUAAUUUUUUCCUCAAUUUUUAACGAUCACUAAAUUGUUUGUUUGUUGUUUUUUUUACCACAGAAAGAACUCAAUUUUUUAAACUUUUCAGUGAAAAGCUUUUACAAAAAAUCGAGUGAGGAUCAGACAUGUAAUUCCACGUGUGUUUUUCAAAUACCUAUUAAUAACAUAAUUCCUGGACAAUAUCCACUCAUAAUUACCAUGUUUCCAAAUGUUACUGGUAGUAAUGAUGACAAAUAUUUCGGUACUAAUCAAUCAAUUCUUAUAAAUUUAGGUAAGUAAUGAAUAAUUAUAAUAAUGAAUUAAAAGUAAAUUGCGUUUAUAAAAACUUAUAUCGACUGUUAAAAAUCACAGCCGAAAAAAACUAGGAAUUUUUUGUUUACACUGACACAAUAAGAAAACAAUAUAACAUGUACUUAUGAAACUCGAUUGCACACAUUAAAAAAAAAUAUAUAUAUUGGUUAUAAAAGACCUUGCAGGAAUCGGUUAAAUUUCAUUUGUAUUCGUUUAACAAAAAAAAAAUGUUGUUCUACAGAGUACCCUAGUGUUAAACUCGCACAUUGUCCUGAACUUGUUGUAGAAAAUAUUGAAGUUAACUGCACUUGUGAGAGAUCGGACACCAGCCUCAUUAAAGCUCCUCUUGUUUGGUUUGACAAAAUCAGCAGUAAACCUGUGCACAAGGUGACAAGCCAUCUCCUUACAUUCGUUGCCAAAAGAAAAACAAAGGGUAAUAGCUUCACGUCAUAUUUUUUAGAUACGUUUUGUUCAACUAAAUUUAAAAUGUCUUAAGUAUAAUUCCUAAAUAUUUUUUGUGAGAUUUAAUUUAACCCCAUUUUAAAGUAAAACUAAUUAAAUAUGAGUAUUAAUAUCAUUCCCGAGAUGAUGUUUUUUUUUAUUAAUGAAAAUUAAAUACAAUUAAAGAUAUUUAAAUAAUAAAUCAUUAUAGAGACUAGCAUUCUAAAGAUGCCCCACAAAAAAGCCGUGAAGAUAAAACAUUUGAAGAGUUAUGAAGCUUGCUAAAUUUAGCUUACAUUGUUCUUCUAAUGCAUUUAAUACAUCAAUAAUCUUUAUUACAGGGGCUUUCUUUUGUAAGGCUAUAACUUCAUCUCACUGGACCAAUGAUAAUUCAACAGUGUACUAUUCACCUUCAGUAUUAGGUAUAUACAUUUUUACUCUGCACAUGCCUCGCAUUCAUGCAGCUUUGUUAUCACUCAGUUAUUUUCACACACUAUACUAUUUUAUCAUUAUAUCAACACAUAUGGAUAGUUGAAUUUUAUGACAUGUGAGUUAGAUAAAAGCAAUGUAAAAAAAAAUACAUGUUUUGUUGUAACAAAGUUUAAGUAAUACAGGAAGUUAAUUAAUACGAUUGCAAAACAAAAAUAAAACUAAAGUUUAAGCAUUCAAGUAUUUGUUUCCUCAAGGCUUUAGUCAUCAAAAUAUUAAAUUGUGUUUUAUUUUUUCCGAAACAUUUUUACACAGUAUUAUAACAUGAUUCAUAUAAAUAAACUUUUUUUACUACAUUAUUUCAAUAUAUCAUAUUUGUUUAAAAGAAAUAAUAGAGUAAUAACAUGCAAACAUAUUUUAUAUUUAGGUAACUUGUCGAUUUUACAAGAAGUGAGCAUCAUUGAUCCACUCAAAUUUCAAUUAAUUUUAACUUGUGUCAUUGGAGGCAAUGUCUUCAUCCUCUCUUUAAUGAUUAUUAUAUUGUAUAAAAAACAGAAUGGUAUGUAAAUUUAAAAUAAGUCGUCCUUUUUACUGGACUUUUGAAGAAUCAGAAUGAAACCGUUUUACAGCUUAGUUAUGUUUUAAAUAUGGAAUACAUACUUUUUUAAAAUCAAAUAAAUAUACGAAUGCAUAAAGUAUUAAGGUGUAUGACUAAUGCUAAAAAUAAAAGCUUAUGUAAAGUAAUUACUUGAAAUGACUGAAUAAAACUCAAUUUCAAUGUAAUGUCUUUUCAAGUAAUGCAUAUAUAUAUAUAUAUCAUAUACAUUAUAUAUGAUUUAAAUUUUCUUGUUGUAUUUAUAUACAUUUAAUAAAUAAUUGAAUAAAACUUAAUUUCAAUGUAAUAUUAUUUAUUUAUAAACAAUAUUUGCUUUUAAUGUGGAUGGAAUUUGAUUUUCGUUUCACUCUUUUUUUUGAGCAAAAUAAUUUGAAAUAAAUAUUUUGACAACAGUGUUAAUAAUACCUCAUCAUCAUCCUUAGACGAUAUAUUUGUAUAAGAUAAAUAGGAAUAGUUUUUUUUAGAUGUGUAUAAAUAUAACAAGAAAAUUUAAAUCAUAUGUAAUUUAAUUGGGAAAAAUCCCCUACUAAGCAAAAUUAUAUGUGUACAUGCUCUUAUUAUUUCUGAUAUCAGAAAAGAUUGAUAUGUAUGUUUGUUAACGUUAGAUAUACGGUUUUAAAUAAAGUUAAAUAUAUACAGUUUAGUUCAUUUACUUAAACCCUAAACAAACAAAUUAUUUUUUUUUUGUAAAAUAAGUACAACAGCAAUUUGGUGUUUAAUUAAAAUGUGAUUAUUUCUUUCUUCUAGGCAGUUCGGAAAUACAUGAUUAUGACCAAAUAAAUGAAAUAUACCAUAUAGAUGCACUACAAUCGAACUAUGUAAAUGUGCUCGACGAAGUUGAACAUGGAGAAACUGCC